AGGAGUGGAGCCCUCCAGACCUGCGUCAAUCCACCGAGCAUCCCCCCACCGGAACGCACCGGGACAGGAUCUUCACAAUAAAGACGAUACACAAUGCGCACGCACAGGCAGAGAGAUACACACGCGCACACCUUCAUAGCAUGAGUGGCUGACCACUACAGGCUGAGGAGUGUCCACUCACGCGGCCGCCUGCUCUGCACUUGUUGUCAUUUCAGAGAUGAUUGAAACUUGACCUGGAAUUCUGGCUGCGCGAGGGACAACCUCCUAAUCCAGAGCUGUCAGAUCCCUUCCAGGGCCAAAACUGAGAGGGGAUUUAGGUUUUUCCCUGCUUUGGCCGCAGUCCAACUCCUCCACCAGGGCUGCUCGGAAGUAACUGCCGAAUACAAAAAAAACAGUCUUUGUUUACACAGACUCAUCACGCUACCUCUUUUAUCUCAGCCUCUUUUUUUUUUUCUGUGUCCUGGCUGCUCUGUUUUUUUUGGCCUUUUCACUUCUGUCCUCAAAGGAGCUCUUAUCCCAUUAACUGGACUUAUCAGUUCAUCUCGCCACUCAUUUAUCCAUCUCAAAAUGAACUCCUCUACCUCCAUUACAUCAUUGUUCUCCUUCACCAGCCCGGCAGUCAAGCGCCUGCUUGGCUGGAAACAAGGGGAUGAGGAGGAGAAGUGGGCGGAAAAGGCAGUAGAUUCUCUAGUGAAGAAACUUAAGAAGAAGAAAGGAGCAAUGGAGGAACUGGAGAGAGCCCUCAGCUGCCCGGGGCAGCCCAGUAAGUGCGUGACGAUUCCCCGCUCGCUGGACGGGAGGCUGCAGGUGUCCCACAGAAAGGGUCUGCCCCACGUCAUCUACUGCCGGGUGUGGCGCUGGCCGGACCUGCAGUCCCACCACGAGCUCAAAGCGCUGGAGUGCUGCGAGUUCCCCUUCGGCUCCAAGCAGAAGGACAUCUGCGUCAACCCGUACCACUACAGGCGGGUGGAGACUCCAGUGUUACCGCCCGUCCUGGUACCGCGCCACAGCGAGUUCAACCCUCAGCACAGUUUACUGGCAAAGUUCAGGAACGCCUCUCUGCACAAUGAACCCCUGAUGCCCCAGAACGCCACAUACCCGGAUUCCUUCCCUCCCCUGCCCUGCUCCUCUUUCUCCUCUUCCCCUCCCUCAUCGCUUGCCCAGUCCCCCACUUCUCAAAGUUACCCAAACUCCCCCAACAGCUCCGCGGAUCCUGGAAGUCCGUAUCACAUCACAGCUGACACUCCUCCACCUCCAUAUAGUAUGAUGGAGACAAGCCCUCCAGAGGAUGUGAAACCCCACAACACCACAGAAACCACCAAACUCACUUUCUCUGCUCCACACAGAGAUUUAAGGCCCGUAUGUUACGAGGAGCCUGAGUACUGGUGUUCAGUAGCUUACUAUGAGCUCAACAACAGGGUGGGGGAGACCUUCCACGCCUCUGCCCGCAGCGUCUUGGUAGACGGCUUCACGGACCCAUCCAACAACAAGAACCGCUUCUGCCUCGGCCUGCUGUCCAACGUCAACCGUAACUCCACCAUAGAGCACACACGCAGACACAUAGGCAAAGGUUUACACCUGUACUAUGUAGGCGGGGAGGUGUAUGCAGAGUGUCUUAGCGACAGCAGCAUUUUUGUCCAGAGCCGCAACUGUAAUUUCCAGCAUGGCUUCCACACCACCACCGUGUGUAAGAUUCCAAGUGGCUGCAGCCUCAAGAUCUUCAACAACCAGCUCUUUGCACAACUCCUCGCCCAGUCUGUCAACCAUGGCUUUGAGGUUGUGUAUGAGCUCACUAAGAUGUGCACCAUCCGGAUGAGCUUUGUGAAGGGAUGGGGUGCUGAAUACCACCGACAGGACGUGACCAGCACCCCCUGCUGGAUCGAAGUGCAUUUGCAUGGUCCCCUGCAGUGGCUGGAUAAGGUCCUCACACAGAUGGGCUCGCCACACAACCCCAUCUCCUCUGUGUCAUAACAUGAAUACAUACACACACCUUUUAGUGUGUGCUUGUUCUCUUCAGACAGGUAGUCGUAUAUUCUGUAUGUCUUUUUGGUCCUCCGCAGUAUCUUUCAUGAAAUGAGAAAUGGAUGUACAGCUUCAUCAUUUCAGGGCAGACAUUUGAAAGGUGUUCUUCUAAGCUUACAAGUGGUGUCAGACUUCAGUGCGGUGAAGAAUUUAUGCUCAUUGUUGUUUCCAUUGGGACAUGUUAACUGCACAAGACCAGAGAAAUGGGAUAAACCUGCAGGUACUCAUUAUAGAAGCGUUCAUAUGAUUGUAUGUGCUGUAUUUCCAUGUGUUGACCAAUGUUUUCAUGUACUGCCUGCAUUAUACUUGUUCCAUUAAAAUGUUAUUUUCCAAGAACUGAAUAUA